GUGCCGCUAACCACUACACGUCAUCGUCCGCGCAUCGAUCGCAUCCGGAAAACUCGCGGUUAAUAUAUUAUACUCGUCUAUAAAUACCGACUUCCGACUGUCGCUGUGAUUAAAAAAAUAUUUAUUUUUUUAAUUUAAUGCCUAAGAUCACCAACGCCGCGUGCGUCUCCCGCAGGAAUAGAUAAUAGCAUAAUAUUAUAUUUAGCGACAAGAUGCUCACUGGAAUGCCGUCAAUGUCGGGCGCUGCUGCGGCGGUAUUUAUGACGCUUCUCACCAUAGGCGAGUGGUCUGGGCCUGUUCCCGCGGGAUGCGCGAGGAUAUUGGCCGUGGAAACGGUGGGUGGCCGGAGCCACUGGAACUUCAUGAGCGGCAUCAUCCGAGCGCUGGUGGACAACGGGCACGCCGUCACCGCGUUCACGCCCUUCUUGGAUGGUGACCGGGCCAAUUACACAGAAGUAGACAUAUCCAGCGGGUUUCCGGUGGGUCUAGAUCUGGACGUGGUUGGCCUUAUGGACUACUACCGCAACCCGUUUUGGACGUACGGCGCGUUCGUGGAGAUGGGCCGUUCGCAGUGCGACGUGAUAUAUGGCCACGCGGAGAUGCAACGACUGCUCGGUGACCCCGCGGGCUUCGACGCAGUCAUAAUCGAAUCGUUUUGGUCCGAGUGCAUGUCAUACGCGGCCGCCCGGCUCGGGUUGCCGCUCAUCUACGUCACGCCGCUGCCACUGAUCGCGUUCAUGGAGCGCGCUACCACUGGUCAUGUAUCCAACCCCGCAGUCGUUUCCAACCUAAUGACCGGACACGCCGUACCCGCGACGUUCGGACAGAGGCUGACCAACGCGGUACUACAGGUCUACGGCUCGGCCAUGCAACGGUACAAGGAGCUCGAGCUCAAGUACACCGGACCGCCUAAAGAGUACGAUCUACUCGAUCCCGUCCCACCGUCUCUGGUGUUCGUCAACAGACAUUUCAUUAGCGACGCCCCGAGCCCGGUGCCCAGGAACGUCGUCGACGUGGGCGGGAUCCAUCUGAAAGCGGCCAAGAGUUUGCCAAAAGAUGUAUUAGAAUUUAUCGAACAAUCACCUCAUGGAGUAAUUUUUUUCACAUUUGGUUCUACCGUUAAAAUGUCUACAAUACCGGAAAGUGUAAAAAAAAUAUUGAUAAAAGCACUCGCGCGUGUCCCACAAAGAGUGUUGUUGAAAUACGAAGAUGAACUGGACGACAAACCGAAAAACAUGAUGACGAAACAAUGGCUACCCCAACGCGAUAUACUUUUACACCCCAAUGUAAAACUAUUCAUCAGUCACGGAGGUAUAUCUGGGCUUUAUGAAACCGUGGACGCCGGUGUCCCGGUUCUCGGAUUUCCUUUGAUCGGCGACCAGCCGAGAAACAUUGACAACCUGGUCAACGCCGGCAUGGCUAUUUCUAUGGACCUUCUGUCCGUUACUGAGGACUCGUUCUUAAAUAACGUCUUGAAACUGCUCAAAAAUAAAAAAUACUCGGAGAACGCUAAAAACGCCAUGAAAAUAUUCAAAGAUCGACCCAUGUCACCGGAAUCGUUGGUCGUUUACUGGACGGAGUAUGUCCUACGUCAUCACGGAGCACAGCACUUGAAGUCUCGUGCGCUCAAUCUAGCGUGGUAUCAAUAUUACCUGUUGGACGUGAUGGCUUUCGCGUUUGCUUGCAUAUCCUUCGUCAUUCUCGUAAUCUACAAUAUUUAUAAAUAUACCGCAUGUUUUCUAUGUACAAAAAUUUCGAAUCAUUUACUAGACGUCAGAGUAAAACGUGAAUGAUAUGAAUAAUUUUAAUCCAUAAUAAUAUUUUCAUGGUUUCGAAUUCCCCGAUCUCGUAUUAGGUAUUUUAGUUCCCUUAUUCGUACGAUGUAUACCAAACUAAUUAAUAAUCCUUGAUUCCCAUCGACGCGUGACGUCCGAUCAAGAAUAUUUUAAUUGUAUUUUGUUUGCACGUGUUGACAUAUUUUUUUUUUUAUUAUUAUUCUUUCUAAAUGAACGAAGUAUUGUUUUUAUAACUGUA